CAAGCUCGGAGACCGAGAGAGAUUCAGUUGGAUGUUAGCAAGUGACCCGGUUGGGUGUCGUGGGUCUAAAUUUGUAUUCAGAGAAUAAUCAUCAAAGACCGAUCUAAAUACAAAUAGGGCGAAGAAGGUUGACGAAAUGUCUAGUAAUUGUGGCAACGAUGGCGAUGGAGGGGAUCGACAAAAGCACGAUCCCAUUGAAAUGGGAAAGCUUUUGUGCCCCAAAGACUUAUCAGCCCAGCCAGCAACGGACACUACAGCCACAUCAACAAGUCAUCAGCUCACCAAAAUCACACUGCCAGAGCGCGGAAGUUGGAGCUCAAAGCUCGAUUUCAUUUUGUCUGUAGUCGGCCUGGCCAUUGGCUUGGGCAAUGUUUGGCGGUUUCCCUACUUGUGCUAUAAGAAUGGAGGUGGCGCGUUCAUUCUUCCAUAUAUCUUGACAUUGUUUUUAGCUGGUAUUCCGAUGUUCUUCAUGGAGCUGGCGCUUGGUCAAAUGUUGACUAUUGGCGGCUUGGGCGUGUUUAAAAUUGCUCCAAUUUUCAAGGGAAUUGGAUAUGCUGCCGCUGUGAUGUCGUGCUGGAUGAAUGUUUACUACAUUGUUAUCUUGGCCUGGGCAGUAUUUUACUUCUUCAUGUCAAUGCGAGCUGAUGUGCCUUGGCGUACAUGCAACAACUGGUGGAACACAGUCAACUGCGUCAAUCAGUAUGAGAGGAAGAAUCUCCAUUGCUGGGAUAAAAUGAUCAAUGGAUCAGCGAGCAAGGUUUGCUCAGUGGCAGCCGCAAAUAUUUCCACAACUGAGCUAACAGAUCCGGUCAAAGAGUUUUGGGAGCGAAGGGCAUUGCAAAUAUCCUCGGGUAUUGAUGAUUUAGGUAAUAUUCGCUGGGAGCUAGCGGGCACCUUGCUUCUAGUGUGGAUUCUUUGCUAUUUCUGCAUUUGGAAGGGCGUAAAGUGGACCGGAAAAGUCGUCUAUUUCACUGCGCUCUUCCCAUACGUCCUGCUGACCGUUUUAUUGAUUCGUGGCAUUACCCUGCCUGGUGCACUGGAGGGUAUCAAGUUCUAUAUUAUACCCAACUUUUCAAAGCUCACUCAUUCAGAGGUGUGGAUCGAUGCCGUUACGCAAAUUUUCUUUUCCUAUGGAUUGGGCCUUGGAACUUUGGUGGCUCUCGGAAGUUACAAUAAGUUUACGAACAAUGUAUACAAGGACGCGCUGAUUGUAUGCACAGUGAACUCGAGUACGAGUAUGUUUGCGGGCUUCGUUAUAUUCUCAGUGAUUGGAUUCAUGGCUCAUGAGCAACAAAGGCCAGUGGCAGAGGUGGCGGCAUCAGGUCCCGGAUUGGCAUUCCUUGUGUAUCCGUCGGCGGUGCUGCAGCUGCCGGGAUCUCCGAUGUGGUCAUGUCUCUUCUUUUUCAUGCUCCUUCUUAUAGGUUUAGAUUCACAGUUCUGUACUAUGGAAGGCUUUAUCACCGCCAUCAUUGACGAGUGGCCCCAACUGCUCCGCAAACGCAAGGAGAUUUUCAUAGCCAUCGUUUGCAUGUUGAGCUAUUUAGUUGGCUUAACCUGCAUAACACAAGGCGGCAUGUAUAUUUUCCAAAUACUUGAUUCAUACGCAGUUAGCGGCUUUUGCCUUCUUUGGCUUAUAUUCUUUGAGUGUGUCUCGAUAUCCUGGUGUUACGGAGUUGAUCGUUUCUACGAUGGCAUCAAAGACAUGAUAGGAUAUUACCCAACUGUUUGGUGGAAGUUUUGCUGGUGUGUCACAACACCUGCAAUAUGCUUGGGUGUGUUCUUCUUCAAUAUAGUGCAAUGGACGCCAAUUAAAUAUCUGGACUACAGCUAUCCAUGGUGGGCACAUGCGUUUGGUUGGUUCACUGCAUUGUCCUCGAUGCUGUAUAUUCCAGCGUAUAUGUUUUGGUUAUGGAAAAGAACGCCAGGAGACUUAUGCGAAAAAAUACGUGCAAUUGUUCGAAUUGAUGAGGACAUUACGCGGUUACGUGAGAAAAUGCAGCACGAAGCGUAUGCUAAGGAAGUUGAGUUUAAUUCAUAAUAGAACUCGCAGCAAUAUCCAAAAAGUACUCGCCAGUUUAACAAAUAAUUCAAAUUGCAAUAUUUUAUAUAUUUCGAUGCAGCUCUAGUUGUAGAAUUGUUGUACGUUGUACGUGUAUAAGUAACAUAUGCUCUUGUUUUUGUUAUUCGUAAAGAAACAAAAGCCCAUAGCUAUUCAACGUUUAUGAAUAAUUCUUAUUUGUAUCCUUUGCGAUAUAUUGAAUUUUCCAUGCUCUUAAUGUUGAAAUAUUUUAAUUUAAUAUAGGUUAGUCUUCACAGUGUAAACUAUUGUAGAGUGUUUUGUGUGUUGCUCUUGAGCACGGAAUUGAUAACAUACGAAUGCAAAGCAAUUGGUCAAAAUUAUGAAAUUGAUAUUUAAGUAAAUAUGCCUAAGAUUCAAUCACGUAUUAAGUGUUAAAGUUAAAAUACAUUCAAGCAUACAUUCAUGCACAGAAUUUAUGUACUAUGAUGUAUACAGUACGUCAGUGGCUUACUUUAAUUAAUAAAUUAAUUUAGUCUUAAAUUAUUUAUACAAACUAGAGAGUAUUUAGCUAUUAAUUUACCUUCAUAUCCAUAACGCACACCUACAUUUAUCAAAAUACAUUGCUCUUCGGUAAAAAUGCAAAUGUAGCUCACAGAAACAAAUAUAAAUAUGUUUUACCCAGCG